AUGUCUUCCAACGACCAGGGUCAGGGCUCUCGACCUCGCCUUACCGUCAAGCUGAGGCCAAACUCGAAUGCAGCGAGCAACGGUGCCAACGCUCCAAGUUCAGCUGCAGCCUCUCGAGCCCAGAGCUCCCGCAACACACCUGUCAGCUAUCGAGAUGAUGACGACGAGGACGGAGAGCAGCCAUUCGCCUUGGAUGAUGGGGUUUUCUCCGAGGAUUCUGGAGACGACUAUACAGGUGCUAGCAAAAAGAAGGGCAAAGGCGCUCUAGGCAAAAAGGCAAAAGCCACUGAAGCUGCACCAUCGGCACCAACAAAUGCGAUUGCCCGCCAGCACCCUCUUUCGGGCGCAGCCCCACGCUUCAACGGCUCAGCCAUGGACGAAGACGAUGAGCAGGACCAAUACGAGUCUGGCGAGCUACGUUUCCACACUCGCGACUUCACCAAAAUGCCGCUCAAGCUUGAUCAUGCCAGUCGACCACUCUGGAUCUCACCAGAUGAUGGCCACAUCAUCCUCGAAGGUUUCAGUCCACUCGCCGAGCAGGCCCAAGACUUCUUGAUUGCCAUUGCCGAACCUGUCAGUCGACCUGCCUACAUCCAUGAAUACAAACUCACCCCCUACUCGCUGUACGCUGCUGUCUCCGUCGGUUUGCAACCCAACGAUAUCAUCGAGGUCCUUAACAGGCUCUCCAAGGUGCCAGUGCCCGACGCUGUGGUUGCCUUCAUUCGCGAGUACACGGCCAGCUUCGGCAAGAUCAAGCUUGUUCUCAAGCAGAACAAAUACUUUGUUGAGAGCGCGCAUCCCGAGAUUCUCCAGACCCUUUUGCAGGACAGCAUCAUCGGAGCAGCUCGAGUGCGCGAAGAUCCAAAUGCUGCCAGGUCUGGACGUAUGGAAGUGUUGGGCAAAACGCAAGCCCCCACUCGUGGUGAUCUUGUCAUUCCAGGAACCGAAAGUGCUGCCAGGAAGGCAAGACAACAAGCUGCCGCUGCUGGUCAAGCACCUGCAUCGGCCAACGCCAAUCGCCCAGGCGCAGGAGCGAGCAACGGCGCAGGCGCCACGGGACCUGCGCCCGAGAACGCUGAAGCAGCACGCAGGGAAGACGAGGCCGAGCUUUUCUCGGCCAUCAUCGGUGUCGACGAGGCGGACGAACUGGACGAAGACGAUACAGUGCACAGCUUCGAAAUUGCAGAAGAGUACAUCGAACAGGUCAAGAAGCGGUGCAACGAGAUCGGCUACCCCAUGCUUGAAGAGUACGAUUUCCGCAACGAUCACCUCAACGCUGACCUGGAGAUCGACCUCAAGCCCAUCACACAUAUUCGACCUUAUCAGGAGAAGAGUUUGGCCAAGAUGUUUGGUAACGGUCGUGCAAGAAGUGGGAUCAUUGUGCUGCCAUGCGGUGCCGGCAAGACGCUCGUCGGUAUCACUGCAGCGUGUACAAUCAAGAAGAGCUGCCUCGUGCUGUGCACCAGUAGUGUCAGCGUCAUGCAGUGGAGACAGCAAUUUCUGCAGUGGAGCAACAUCCAAGACAAUCAGAUCAGUGUCUUCACAGCUGAUCAGAAGGAAAAGUUCUCGGGGGCUUCGGGCAUCGUCGUUUCCACCUAUUCGAUGGUGGCCAACACCGGCAAACGUUCACACACAUCCCAAAAGAUGAUGAAUUUUCUCGAGAGCCGUGAGUGGGGUUUCAUCUUGCUCGACGAGGUGCACGUAGUGCCCGCAAGCAUGUUCCGAAGAGUAUUGACCAAGAUCAAGGCGCACUCAAAGCUUGGCUUGACAGCCACGCUAGUGCGCGAAGACGAAAAGAUCGACGAGCUUAACUUCCUAGUCGGCCCGAAGCUCUAUGAGGCCAACUGGAUGGACUUGGCCGCCAAGGGUCAUAUCGCCACCGUUCAAUGCGCCGAAGUGUGGUGUCCGAUGACGCCCGAGUUUUACCGCGAGUACUUGCGAGAGAAGAGCCGAAAAAAGAUGCUGCUCUACUGCAUGAACCCAAACAAGUUUCAAGCCUGUCAAUUCCUUAUUGACUAUCACGAGAAUCGAGGCGACAAGAUCAUCGUCUUUUCGGACAACGUGUUCGCACUCGAGGCCUAUGCGAUCAAGCUCAAGAAGCCUUACAUUCACGGCGGUACAGCUCAUGUAGAGCGCAUGCGUAUUCUGCAGAACUUCCAGCACAACCCUUUGGUCAACACGAUCUUCCUGUCCAAGGUUGGAGAUACAUCGAUCGACUUGCCCGAAGCAACGUGUCUGAUCCAGAUCUCCUCGCAUUUCGGAUCGCGACGUCAAGAGGCACAGCGCCUAGGACGUAUCCUUCGAGCUAAGCGAAGGAACGACGAGGGCUUCAAUGCCUUCUUUUACAGUUUGGUCAGCAAGGACACCGCUGAAAUGUUCUACUCGACUAAGCGACAGCAGUUUUUGAUCGACCAGGGUUACGCAUUCCGAGUCAUCACACAUCUUGUCGGGAUGGAGCACAUGCCGGGGUUGGUGUACAAGAGUCAGGCAGAGCAGAUUGAGCUGCUCCAGAGCGUUCUCAUUGCAAACGAGUCGGACGCAGAUCUAGGUUCCGACCUGCAAGGCACCGAGUUUGGCAGCGCUGCCCAUCGAGGCGGCGGGGGCAGUGGUGGUCGAGGAGGGCCAUCGAUGAAUGCCGCUGUGGCCAAGGCUUCACGAACAACAGGUUCGCUGAAUGCGCUCAGUGGUGCCCAGCAUAUGUCGUACAUCGAACGCAAUAGGUCUGUCAACAAGGCGCUCAACAAGGAACAGGGCCGUCACAAGCUGUUCCAGAAGCGUGCAGACAAGGCAAAGCGAAAGAACAUGGACGAUGACUGA